AUGCUGCAGCAGCAGCGGCAGCAUCGUCGGGCAGCGAAACCAGCAGCAGCAGCUGCAGCAGGAUGCUGCAACGCUGCUCUCCACAGGCAGCGCAGGCUGCAGCAGCAGCAGCAGCAGCAGUGCCACAAGGUUGCUGGAGGUUCUGCUGCUGCUCUCGUUGCAAUGGACUCGGCUGCAGCAACCGACACGCAGCUUAUUGCGGCUGCAGUCGCCCGCGUGCUGCACCUCCAGCGUCAGCAGCAGCAGCAGCAGCAGCAGCAAAUACAUGCCGCUGCGCCUCUAUCUCUCCUUUCAUCGCAGAUGGAUGCCCUGCUGCUGCAGCACGGCAUACCCCCUUCUUCUGCUCGGGGGACCCUGCUGCAGCACCUCCUGCUGCAACACUGGCCUGUGCUGCAGCAGCAGCUGCAGCAGCAGCAACUGCAGCCGCCCCUCCAGCAGCAAAGCAUGCCCCAUCAACCGCCGCCACAGGAGCAGCAGCAAGACGGCUCAGCAGCCCCACGCCUUACUCUAGAAAUUGUCGCCUAUCAUCCUCCACAGCAGCAGCAACAGCAGCAGCAGCAACUGCAGCAGCAGCAGCAGGGCCUGUCUAGGCUUGAGAAGGCCUGCGACGGUGUGCUGCGGCAGCAGGCGCGACAUGCGCUGCAGCUGUGGCACUCAGCAGCAGCAGCAGCAGGUGCUGCUGCUGCUGUAGCAGCAGCAGCAGUGGAGCGAAAAGCUAACUCCUCUCUGCAGCGGAGCGUGCUGCAGUGCUGGGUGGCAGCAGCAGCAGCAGCCGCAGCCCGCCGCCAGCAGCAGCAGCAGGAGCAGCAGCAAAAGGAAGCAGCACUUCUCCGCCUCUGCCGCUUUAUUCGAAUGCGGGCAUCGCAGGAAGCGCUGCAGCACCUGCAGCAGCAGCUGCUGCUGCUGCAGCACUGCCAAAGCAGCAGCAGCAGCAAACGGCUGAAAGAGGAGACAUUCCGUGCAUGGUUCUGUUGCUUCCUCCCGCAGCAGCGACGCCUGAAACAGCUUGCUGCUGCUGCUGCUGCAUUAAGAGAGCAGCGGCAGCAGCAGCAGCAGCAGCAGACGUGGCACGCGUGGAGGCAGCAGCAGCAGCAGCAUAGCGACAGCAACGCUCUGCGCCUCCGGCUAUUUGCUGCGGUGCAGCAGCAGCGGCAGCAGGAGCAGGCGCUGCUGCUGCUUCAGCAGCACAGCCGGCAGCAGCAGCGGCUGCGUGCUGCAGCAACAGCAACACAGCGGCGUGCGUCUAAGCAGUGCAAGGAAGAAGUUAUGAAGGAGUGGGUUUCUGCUGCAGCAGCAAGCGAACAAGAAGCUGCUGCUGCAGCACCGCAGCAAAGCGCAGCAGCUACGUUGGCAGUUGUACGCUUUGUGAUGCUGCAUGCGCAGCAGCAGCAGCAGCAGCAGCAGCAGCAGCGGCAGCAGCGGCAGCGGACGCUGGCCCAGGCUCUUCAGGAGAUCAGCAGCAAGAGACAGCAGCAGCCUCUCCCUUCUCUUGUUUUGUUGCUGCUGUCAUACGUGCCGCUGGAGCUGCCUAUACACCCCAAGCGAAUGCUGCAGCACGCACCAGCUAUUGCGGAUGCGCUGAAAACAGAGCUCCUGCAUACAUGCCUCCGUUCGUGGCGGCAGUGGGCUGCUGCUGCUGCUGCUUUCCGGCAGCAGCAGCGGCACCGUUUGCUGCGUCUUGCAUUUGAGGCGAUGGUUUCUGUUACAGCGCGGCAGCAGCAGCUGCAGCAGCAGCAGCAAGCAGCAGCAGCAAUCAGCAGCAAGCUCCUGCUGCAGUCUGCCUGGAAGCAGUGGCGGCAGCGCUGUCUUCGCUACUCAUCCUUCCGGCAGAGGUGUCACGCCUUGCUGCAGCAGCGUACAGUCUCCCUGCUGCAGCGAGCUGUCUGUGGCUGGCGCGCCUUUGCUGCUGCAGCAGCGGAGCAGCGGCAGCGCGAAGAAGCUGCUGCUGCAGUGCUGCGGCGGCAGCGGCUGCAGCAUCUCUUCGGUUUGCUGCAGCUUGUCUUCAGGAAGCACCGCCGCGCUGCUGCUUGCAAGGAGGCCUCGGCGCUGCUGCAGCAGAAGCAUUUGCUGCGGAAGGCCUUUUGCUCGCUCCGGGCAAACGUUGAGGAGGAGAGGAAGCUCCGGGAGGCUCGGCGCGUCUGUCAGCGGCUGCAGCAGCGGCAGCUGCUGCGACUGUGGUGGACGAUUGCUGCUUCUGCUGCUGCGCUGCAGCACAUGGCGUUGCUGCUGCAGCAGCGGCGGGAGCAGCAGCAACUGCGCCGCCUCUUUGCCUCCUGGAGAGCAGCAGAAGGCCGGCGGAAGGCGCUGCGGCUGCAGCAGCAGAGGGUGCAGCAGCAGCAGCAGCAGCGGCUGCUGCAGCAUGCCAUGAGCCUGUGGAAGCAGCAGCUGCAGCAGCGCAGACGAGCCGCAGCAGCAGCAGCUGUAUUUGCUGCUGUGCGGAAUCGCCUGCUUCUGCGCUAUGCCUGGGAGGCCUGGCAGCAAGCAGAGCGGCUGCAGCAGCAAGAAGCACUCCUGCAGCAGCAGCAGCAGCAGCGCAGAAAGAAGCAGGUGCUGCAAGCGUGGAUGUCUCUUCUUGUGUCUGUGAGGCUGCGUGCAGCAGUGCGGCGUUGCGGUUUGCUGCUGCGGCAGCAGCGGGAGAAAGAGAGGCUUGCUGCGGCCUUCGCCGGCUGGCAGCAGCAGCAGCAGCAGCAGCAGCAAAGGAAGCUCCGGCUGCAGCGGGGGCUAGAGUUGCUGGAGCAGCAGCAGCGGAAGCGACUCCUCAGCGCACUGCGCCGUAUGCAAGAAGCAGCAGCACGCAGCCCUCUGGAGCAGCAGGCGGCGGCAGCGCUGCAGCAAAAGCAGCAGCGGCUGCUGCUGCAGCAGACGUGGAAGCGUUGGCAGCAAGCAGCACGGAAUCAGCAGCUGCUGCUGCACUUAGGCGACCUUGCUGCUAGAAGCAGGGCGCGCCUCGCGCUGCAGCAGCUCCGCAUGCAUGCUGCAGCAGAAGCAGCACUGCAGCGAAGUCUCCUGCCCUUUUAUGAGAGCAGCAGCAAACUGCUGCUGCGCCGCUUCUUGCUGCAGUGGGCAGCUGCUGCAGCGCGACAGCAGCGCCUGCAGCAGGCUGCAGCAAGCGUCGUGCUGCAGCAGCAGCAAAAAUCCAAAGAAGCACUGGGGAGGUACUUUAAGGCUUGGAGAAUAGCAGCUCGUCUUGCUGCUGCUUCCCGUCGCCUUGCUGCAGUGGAGGAGAAGCUGCAGCAGCGCGCCGCUUUUGCUGCACUUCGGCUGCAUGCGAAGCAUGCAUCGCUGCAGGCUGCUGCUGGGCUGCAGCAGCGGGAAAAGAAGCUGCAGCAGCGGGUGUUUGCUGCCUGGCGUGAGCAGCAGCAGCAACGGCAGCAGCAGCGAGAGAGGAAGCAGAGGCUGCUGCAGCAGCAACAGCAGCUGCAGCAGAUGUACCAAAUGCGGCUGCAGCACAGGGUCUUAGUUGCUUGGCUGCAGCGGCUGCUGCGACCCCUGCAGCAGCAGCAAACAGCAGCAGCUCUCCAGGAGAGGUGCAGCAAGAACUUGAUGCUGCAGCUCUUGCAAGCGUGGCGGGCUGCUGCAGCAGCAGCACAGCGGCGUCGGCUUGCUGCCGAGGCGGUGCGUGAGAAGUGCAUGAUGAGGGCUCUUCGUCAGAACUUUCUCUGUUUGGAGAAGACAGCGCGGAAGCAGCAGCUGCUGCGCUUGCGGCUGCUGCAUGCGUUGCUGCUGCUGCCGCUGCAGCUGCCGCUGCUGCCGGCCCCCCCCACAGCAGCAGCAACAGAAGCAGAAGAAGCAGCAGAAGCAGCACCACCACGUCUGCCGCUUGUCCCCCGUGCCCUGCUGCAGUCUCUUGCAGGCGAGUUGGCUGCACCUGAGCAGCAGCAGCAACAACAGCAGCAGAAACAGCUGCAGCAGCCGACUCCGUCUACCGCAGCAACCGAGUCUGCAAUCUGCCUUCCAGGGCAGCAGCAGCAGCAGCAGCAGCAGCAAGGCUUUUUCUCCCCACCCCCUUUACAGCUUCCAAGAGCCCGCAGCGCCGACAGCAAAAAGGAUACGCAUGCAGCAGCAGCAGCAGCAGCAGCAGGAGCAGCAACUCCCGGGGACUUGUGGAUGUCGCAGGCCUCCACUGCAGCAGAUUCUGAUGAUUUGCUUUCUUCUCGCCGCAGCAGCUGUGCAGUGCUGCUGCUGCUGCGCGAGCUUUCUUCUGGAGCAGCAGCAGCAGCAGCAACAGCAAAUACAGAAGCAGUGGACGCAUGCAUAACUGCCUUUGAAAAGGAUGGCUGCUGUCUGCCGCAGCAGCAACAGCUGCUGCUGCUGAGUCAAUCAGUGCUGCUGCAGCAGCAGGAAGCAGGUCCUCUCGAGCUAGCAGCUGGCAGCGCUGCUCAGCAGCAGCACGAGCUCGCAAUCUAUCGCGGCAGCAGCAGCAGCAGCGGGACCAGCAGCAGCAGCAGCAGCAGCAGCACGCAGUGGAAGCUGUCGCUGCCGCAGGAGCUGCUAGCAGCAGCCUGGUAUUCUGUGCGCUUGGUGCUGCUGCUGCGGAAGCAGCAGAACCGCCUGCUCCAGCAACAAACGUGGAUGGCCUGGCGCGACGUAUGGCAGCAGCGGCUGGCUGCUGCUGCUGCUGCAGCGCAGCACGUGUCGCUGCUGCUGCUGCGGCGGCUGCUGCUCAGGUGGCGUCUCCUGGUAGAGCCCCGCAUGCGGCGUUCUGCUGCUGCUGCUGCUGCAGUGCAGCAGCAGCAGAAGCAAAACCUGUUUGCUCUCGUGCUGAAUGAGUGGCACCAAUGGACAUUGAAGCAGCGCCAGGUACGGCGUGCUGCUGCUGCUGCUGCAGCAUUAUGGCAGUCGCGGCUUUCGUCUCAGGUGUUUGGCUUGUGGGCGUCUGCAGCAAGGCUGCAUUCUCUAGAGACACAGCUACGGCGCCGUCAGCAGCAGCGGCUGCUGCAGCAGCUGCUGCAGUCCUGGCGGCUGUACGUGGUUGGGAGGCGUCUAGCUGCUGCUGCGCUGGUGGCGCAGCAGCAGCCGCUGCUGCGGCAUGGCUGGAAGCAGCUGCGGCUGCAUGCACUCAGCAGCAGAGUGCAGCAGCAGACGCUGCAGCGGGGCUUUGCUGCGCUGCUGCAGGCUGUUAACAUGCGGAGGAGGCUUGAGUGGUGCCAGGCAUGUGCCACCCUUCAGCAAACCAUCCGGACGCAGCACGAGGUCUUCGAGCGGUGGCGUUUGCUGCUGCUGCAGCGGCGUCGUGCUGCUUCAUUGCGUUCGGUGGGUGCUGCUGCUGCUGUGCUGCUGCGGCUGAACCGCUGCUUUUCUGCGUGGAAGGAUCUGGCAGCAGCAAGGCAGCAGCAGCGGCAGCAGCAGCUACUGCUGCUGCAGCAGAAGCAGCAGCUUCAAGGCUCUCAUGGGAAAGCUUUAGCUGCUAGAUUUUUAGGGAUGUGGCGUCUCGCUUAUCGGUUGCAGCGGCUGCUGCAGCGGCGUGCUGCUGCUGCUGCUCGCAAGAGCUUUGGGGCCCUCAGAGAGGUGCGUGCUGCUGCUGCUGCAGUUCCUGCUGCUGCUGCUGCUGCUGUGAGAGCCCAGUUGCUGCAGCAUGCCUUCUCACAAUGGCGUUGGGUGCAGCAGCGGCAGGCCCUCUUGGAGCUGCUGGCGCAGCGGGCGCUGCUGCAGCGGCACCAUCAGAUUGCUGGUACUGUUCUGCAUGCCCUCCGACUGCAUGCAGAGAGGCAGCAGCGCAUGCGGCUGCUGCAACAGCAGCAACAGCAGCAGCAAAAGAGAAUGGUGUGGAAUGCUUGGAAGGAGUUGCUGCGCUGCUGCUGCUUCUACGAGCAGCAGCUGCAGCGGCGGGCGUUUGCUGCGCUGCGCUUCUCUGCUUGUCUAUCACGCAGCAUUUUGCUGCUGAUUGCAUGCGUGCGGCGGCUGCAGCAGCAGCAGCAGCGGGAGGUGCUGCAAUGCCUGCAGCAACGGGCGAUCCGCAGCAAGAAGCUGCAGCAGCUGCUGCGCGCUGCAGCAGGGAAACAGCUGCAGCAGGGGCUGCAGCAAGUCAAGCUUGCUGUGGAGGCUCGCUGCGGCCUCGUGCUGCAGCGCAUGCAGCAGCACGCGCUGAAGCAGGAGCAACUGCAGCAGUUUGCUGCUGCUCGGCAGCAGCGGGAGGAGCAGCUGGCUGUCUACAACUCAUUUGCUGCCUGGAGGCGCUUUGCUGCAGCAAGACAGCAUGCAGCACGAGCAGGAGCAGCGCUGCAGCAGCUGCAGAAGGAGGCGGGGCCUCAGCUGCUGCUGCUGGGGUGUCUCCGCCUUUGGCGUCGAGCGCUGCAGCAGCAGCAGCAGCAACGAAAAGCUGCUGCUGCGGUGCAUCUGCUGCAGCUGAGGCAUUGGUUUGCUGCUUGGCAGGAAGCGCUGAGGGAAGAGAGAGAUGCGCAGAUGCUGCAGCAGCAAGCGCUGCUGCUGCAGCGGCAGUGGAGGGUUCGCCGCUUGCUGCUGCUGAUGCAUGAGCAGCAGCAAGAAGCAGAGUGGAGUGCCUGGUGUCUAGUACGGGCAGAAGCCUUCUUGCAGCUGCUGCAGCAGCGCCAGCAAAGAGAAGUGCUUCUGCAGUGGCGUUCCUAUUGGAUGCGGGAGAAGCGAAUGCGUGCAUGCGCGCAGCAGGUGCAGCAGCAGCAGCAGCAGCGGUUGCUGCGGUGGUCCCUGCAGCAGAUGUCUGCUGCUGCAGCAAAGGGGAGGCGUCUAGGCCUUGCUGCUGCUGCACUGCAGCAGCAGCACAGGCUGCUGCUGCUGCGAGGCUUCUGGAACCACUGGUUUUCGCUGUCGCGUUAUGCCCAGGCAGCAAGCGCGCUGCUGCAGCACUUCUUGAUGCUGCAGCAAGUCCGCCAUCAAAGUCGUGUGCUUUCUGCCUGGCGGUUGUACACCGCAAAGAGCAGAAGGCUGCAGAGAGCAGCAGCAGAGGUGCGCGAGAUGCUGCAGCAGCAGCAGCAGCAGAGUGCUGCUGUUCUGCUGCGGCAGGUGUUGUGGGAGUGGCGAGGCCUCGUGUUGCGGCGGCAGCAGCAGCGCCAAGAGGCGCAGCAGCGGCUGCAGCAGCAGCUGCUGCUGAGGCAUCAGCAGCACAUGAGGAGACUCUUGAUGUAUUGGGGAGCAGCAGCAAAGCACAGAGCUGCUGCACGCAAGGCUGUGCUGCAGCGCAUUGGCGUCUUCCACCAGCAGCAGCAGCAACAGCAGCAGCAGCAGCACGCGCUGCUGGUGCCGCCUCCAGCCCAGGGCGGACGAAGACGCGCUGUUUCGUUAAGCAGCAGCAGCAGCCGCCGAAGCAGCAGCAGCAGUGACAGCAGCAGCAGCAACAGCAGCAACAGCGGCAGCAGCAGCAGCCGCAGAAGCAGAAGCAGCAGCAGCGACAAAAGCGAGGCUCUUGCAAGGCAGCGUCCUCCUCAAAGGCUGCGGUGGCAGGACACAGCAGCAGGAGCAGCAGCAACAGCAGCAGCAACAACAGCGACAACAGCAGCAGCAGAGGCGUCUGAAGAGGCUGUACCGGAACCAUCUCCCGGAAUCUCAGAACAGCAGCAGCAGCAACAGCAGCAGCAGCAGCAGCAAAGUGAUGAGGCUGUGAGUCUCUCAUUCUCGCGGCAGGCCUUUCUUUCUCAUUCGCAGGCAUCUGAAGAAGAUUUGCUGCUGCAGCAGCGCUGGCGGCAGCAGUUGCAGCACGAGCAGCAGCGGCAGCCCCGCCUCAUCCAAGCGGAACCGGAACGACAGGCGCAGCUGCAGCAGCAGCAGCAGCAGCAGCAGCAAAGUCGACAGCAGCAGUGGAUCCCAGGGUAUUCUUUUCCCACCGCUUCGCUUCACCUUGAGGACCUGGAAGAUGUGCAAGAGCUGCCGCAGGGAGCAGCAGCAACAGCAGCAGCAGCAGCAAGCGCUGCUGCUGCAGCUGCUACAAUUUCAGUGCAUGCAGAAACCUCACAGCAUUCCUCCGGAACACGCCCAAGUAGUAGCAGCAGCGGCAGCAGCAGCAGCAGCAGCAGCAGCAGCAGAAGCGCAGUCUCUCCGCCUCCUCGGCGCAGCAGCCAUCUCCCCUUUAGACAGAUGCACCCAGAAAUAUUUGACAGCAGCAGCAGCAGCAGCAGCAACCGCAACAAUGAUAGCAGCAGCAGCGUCUACAGCAACAACAGCAGCAAAAGCAGCAGCAGCAACACUAACAAGAAAGCAGAUAGCACACAUGGCCGCAGCAGCGCCCUCAGCGAACUCUUGGCUGGUGACGCGGCAGCUGGCAGCAGGCAGCAGCAGCAGCUGCUGCAGCUGCAGCUGCAGCAGCAGCAGCAGCAGAUGAUGCUCCUUCAGGUGUCUCGACGCCGCUCGAUGAGUUCCAGAAGCGCAAGGCGACAAGAGAGUCGCAGCAGCAGCAGCAGCAGCAGCAGCAGCCGAAACCGUGUGGGAAGCGGGGCGCUAAGCGACACGAAUAGAAGAGCACCAAUGCAGCGCAGCAGCAACAGAAGCAGCAGCAGCAGCAGCAGCAGCAGCAGUGGUGAUGAGUUCGCCCGUGCUACUGCUCUUCCCCCCACUCCUUAUUCUGUAGUAACCGAGAGGCUGCAUAAACACCGAAGGUCGCUGCAUGCACUGCAGCAGCAGCAGCAGCAGCAGCAGCAGCUGGGGAGCCCUGACGAUGCUGCUUCUCGUGCAGACAGCGAACAGUUGCUGCGCAGGGCGUGGGAGGGAGAGCUGCCACAGCAGCAGCUGCUGCUGCAGUUGCGGCAAGACAUCAGAGAAGCAGCAGCAGCCGCAGCAGCAGCGCAUGCGCCGCAGCAAGAAGACAGCUCCUAG